AUGGCGGAAAAAGGGAACACAGAAAAUAUCAGUUCCGAUGAUGCAGUUCCUGGACGAAUGGAGCACGUAUUGUGUCAACCAUGCUCAAGUAAGGGCAAACAAACAGAAGCUGACGUGUUUUGUUCAGUUUGCGAUGAAUUUCAGUGCAUGGAUUGUUCAACCAUACACAAAACGUAUGCUUUCAUGAAAAACCACAAAAUAGUGAACGCAAAAGAAUUUAAAACGAAACCAGUUUCGUUAGAUAUGAAGGGAUUAGACCAAUGUGAUAUACAUCAUAAUGGUAUAGAGUUCUUUUGUGAAGAUGAGAAUCAGCUUUGCUGCAGUACCUGUGCUAUUGUGGAUCACCGGAAAUGCCACAGUGUCGUAGAAAUUAAGAUGAUCGCUGGAAAGCCUGUAUCAAUGCGUUCUGAAAUAAAGAUCAAGUUACAGGAUAUCAGAGAGAAGGCUGAACUUGUCGUUGAAAAUACCAAGUCAUUAACAGAGCAACUGGAUCAAGAUGUUAAUGGAAUAUCGUUAAAAACUGAAACACUCGAAAAAUUGACUAAGAAACAGUCUGACAGUGAGAAACAUGUUGCUGAUGCAACAAAAUCACUUGAAACAAUUGAUAACGUUCAUCAGAACGGGACGCCAUUACAACAGUUUAUAUUGGAACAGAGAAUGAAGAAGCAAGUCGAUGAACUUGGCAGGAACGUUGACAAGGAAUGUCAAAAUUUAGAGACUGUGACCGUUUCAUUUACCUUUGAUGAAAUAUUGAGACUGCCCUCACUUCCGAUUUCGUAUUACGUUCCGGGAGAACUGACAUUAAAAUACUCUACACUGGAAGAUGUAAAACCUAUAGCACCUGUAGAUCCGAUCCUUAAAUUAACACAGAUAUCUUCCAUUGAUUUGAAGCAAUCUGGAGAUGAUGUGGAGGAACCGUUACUCUCAGGACUGGAUUUCCUGCCGGAUGGUAGACUACUUACCGUGGAUAAUAAAAACAAGAAAUGUUUGAUUUACAAUGACAAGCUUGAAAAAGUAGGAUCAUAUCAGUUAUCGUAUAAUCCACUGAGUGUUGUUGCUGUAUCUGAGGAGGAGGUGGCGAUAACAAAUGGUGGUCAAUACAAGAUAGACUUUCUACAUGUCAGUAAAUAUAAUGAAAUAACUUGCAAUAGAACAUGUAAAGUUAAGUUAAAGUAUGGCUCUGUAUGUAUGAAAGAUGAGAGACACUUGGUUGUUGGAGCUAUCGAUAAUACAAGACCUGUUGGUAUUGUGUCUCUGUCAGGAGAAGAGAAAGAUUUCAAUAUCAGCUUUUUAAAUAAGAACUAUCCUGUAGGUACCAGUUCAUGUACAUAUAUAAGAAGCAGUAACAAGGUAGUUAUCACUGAUAGAAACGAGCAUACUGUCUACAUAUAUGACACUGCGACAAACACAAGUGUUGUUGUCAAGGACUACCAAAUCAAGGAACCACGUGGUUUAGCAGUAGGUCCAUCUGACUGUAUCUUGAUUUGCAGUAUGAAAACCAAUGCCAUUGUACAGAUCUCACAAACAGGUCGGAUCCUAUCAUCGUACAAGUUAGAUAUGAAAUCUCCACGUAGUGUCUGUGUCUCAAAGGACGAAUCAGUCCUUGCUGUUACAAAUUGCUAUUCAGGUAAAACAAUGUUGAAGACGUUCAAAAUUUCAUAUUAA